AUGUCCUUGAUUAUAGAUAACUAUCAGGGAGCUUUCAUACAUGAGAGGCAGAUAAACGACGGAAUGUUAAUAGCAGCUGAGCUGAUUGAUUCAAGGAUGAAGGAAAAUAAGAAUGGUAUCAUUUGUAGAGUGGAUUUUGAGAAAGCCUUUGAUAACAUAAAUUGGAAUUGUGUGGAUAUUGUCUUGGAAAGGUUUGGGUUUGGUAAUAUCUGGAGAGGGUGGAUAAAAUGGUGCAUAACUCAGGCAAGAUUUGCAGUUCUAAUCAAUGGGGAAGCUACAUCAAUGUUCAAGAAUUACAAAGGCAUCAGGCAGGGGGACCCAAUUUCGCCAUUUAUUUUUAUUAUGGUGGCAGAGAUACUAUCCAAAAUGAUUUCAAAAGCUGCUUCAAAUGGUUUGCUCUCGGGUUUUCAAGUGGAAACUAAUAGCACUACAAUAACUCAUUUGCAGUUUGCAGAUGAUUUAAUGGUUUUUCUAGAUGACUCUACAGAUCAAGUAACAAACUUGAAAAACGUCCUUUUUGCUUUUCAGUUGAUAUCGGAUUUAAAAGUCAAUUAUAGAAAAAGUGCAAUAGCUGGUAUUGGUGAUGAAAAUAAUGGUUUGGAGUGUGCUGAUGUUUUGGGGUGUGACUUGUUGUCUCUACCAAUCAAUUAUUUGGGGAUUCCUUUGGGAAGCAAGUCCAAAAGUGGAUCUGUGUGGGAUAUAAUCAUACAAAGGUGUCGGCAAAAGUUAAGCUCAUGGAAGAGAAGUCUUUGGACAUGCAUUCUUAAAGCAAGGAAUUAUGUGCAACAAAAUACAACUCUUAUCUUGAAGAAUGGUGAUUCUGUCCAGUUUUGGUUUGAUAAAUGGGCUGGUAAUUUGUCUAAAGAUAGAUUCAAUUCUGUUUAUAAGCUUUCCAAGCAAAACAACAUUUAUGUUAAGGACAUGAUAUCGUCUAAUGGGGUUUGGAAUUUCAGUUUCAAGAGAAAUUUAAAUGAGCAGGAAGUUGGGGAGAUUGCUAAUAUGUUGCAUUUACUUGAAGACUUUAACAAAGAAAUUCACAAUAAUGAGGAGGAAGAUGGCCGGAAAUGGAACUUUGCUACUGACUUCUCAGUGGCAAGUUGUUACACCUCAUUAGAGAUUGAUGGUUUUUUGGUUUUCCCUCGUAAACAAAUUUGGAACCCAAAAAUCCCACUGAAAGUUUCAUUCCUAGUUUGGUGUUUAUGUCACAAUGGAGCACCAACUUUGGAGAUUUUGCAUCAAGCUAGAAAGAUAAAUUCGCCGACUUGUCAUUUAUGUAAUGAGGAGUCAGAAAACCAAGGUCAUUUAUUUCUUCAUUGUACUGAAACAAGGAAGAUUUGGCAAUAUUUCUUAGACAUCUUUGGAGUUAAAUGGGUAUUCUCGGAAACUGUAAAAUCGAAUUUAUGGGAAUGGUCGGUUAGGAAGAACAUGAAUAUGGUAAAGAGAAUUUGA